GAAAACAGCGAUAUCCAUUUUAAAUUCCCGCCACUUUUACUAGUUGCAGAUCUUUUCCGAGUUGAGGUGUUGGGGGCUUUCUCUCAGUUUGGGAUUUUGGAACAAAAAGAAGAAGAAGAUGUUGUGGGUAGACAAGUACCGUCCCAGAACCCUAGACCAGAUCAUGGUCCAUCAAGACGUUGCCCAAAACCUCAAGAAGCUCGUGACUGAGCAGGACUGUCCGCAUUUGCUCUUCUAUGGCCCGUCUGGUUCUGGCAAGAAAACCCUAAUCAUGGCCAUCAUUUGCCAGAUGUUCGGACCCAGUGCUGAGAAGGUGAAGGUGGAAAAUAGGACCUGGAAAGUUGAAGCUGGAAGUAGAAACAUUGAUUUAGAGCUAACAACAUUGUCAAGCACCAACCAUGUGGAACUGAAUCCCAGUGAUGCAGGAUUUCAGGACAGAUAUAUUGUUCAAGAGAUAAUUAAAGAAAUGGCCAAGAAUAGACCAAUUGACACAAAAGGGAAAAAGGGAUUUAAAGUUUUGGUUCUCAAUGAGGUUGACAAACUAUCGAGAGAAGCACAGCAUUCUCUUCGGAGAACAAUGGAGAAGUAUAGCACUUAUUGCCGGCUAAUAUUAUGCUGUAACAGCUCUUCAAAGGUUACUGAAGCCAUCAGGUCCAGGUGUCUAAAUGUCAGAAUCAAAGCACCAACAGAAGAACAGAUUGUUAAGGUACUGGAGUUCAUUGGGAAGAAAGAAGGACUGCAAAUUCCAUCUGGAUUUGCUGCUCGUAUAGCUGAAAAAUCAAAUCGGAGUUUAAGAAGAGCUAUAUUAUCAUUUGAGACUUGCCGUGUACAACAAUAUCCUUUCACAAGCAACCAAUCAAUACCACCAAUGGAUUGGGAGGAAUACAUCUCUGAAAUUGCAUCUGACAUAAUGAAGGAGCAGAGCCCAAAAAGGCUUUAUCAGGUUCGACUUAAGUUGUAUGAGUUACUUGUAAAUUGUAUUCCUCCAGAAAUCAUCUUGAAGAGGCUGCUUUACGAAUUAUUGAAGAAAUUGGACAUAGAAUUGAAGCAUGAGGUCUGCCACUGGGCAGCAUAUUAUGAACACAGGAUGCGUCUUGGACAAAAAGCAAUAUUUCACCUAGAAGCAUUCGUGGCCAAGUUCAUGAGCAUUUAUAAGGCUUUCCUCAUUGCAACAUUCGGCUGAACACUCUCAACCUAGCAUGAUAUCUUCCUCUGCUUUUGGAAUGUGGAAUUAUGUUAGAAUAUAUGAUGGCCAUGAUUAGUAAUGUUGGAAUAUGUGAUGGCCAUGAUUAGUAGUCUAUCCCAGUGUUUAUCUUAUCAAAGAAUGUCAUUAUCAGGUGUUUUUGAAUAGUGUCGAUAAGGUGUUUUUGAUUAGUGUCUUUGUAAUUUUUAAUCUGAAAUGCCUUAUGGUGGCUUCACCUUAAUUUUUUGAGCAAAAACUUUUUUUUUUCUUUAUUUAUUGUUUUGUACUCUACAUUUUUUUCUGGUCCGAAUAUUGAUAUUAUAAGUGAAACGCUUAUCCUCCA